AUGCUGAAGAUAUCAGACGACACAAGGAGAAACAACGACGUAGAACCAGAAACAAGGUUCGUUGGGAUUCCCAGCACCCCAACAACGCCGUCAUGUCUCCGCGUUCAUCAUCACCUUCACCCUGACCACGUGGCUGUUGGGUCCCCUGUUAACAGGGUGAAUCCUUCUUCAUCUUCUUCUGCGAACGGGUUUCAUUCCAACCCAUAUGCACCCUCUCGCAACGAUCACAAAUUCUGGUUCGACUCUGACUCCUCCAAUCUCUGUGACACCAAGUGGGUUAAUGAUCUGGGACUCUCCAACGAUUUCUCCAGGAUGAACAUCAGUGUCUUCGAUGGAACCCAAACCAGGGGAUAUGAAUACGAUGCAUGUCCCUUUCAGGCUCCCUUUUCUUGUUUCAGUGAACCAGGAAACCUCGUAUAUGAGCAUCUUACCAAUGCGGCUUUUGGGAAAGGUUACACUUUUGGCACCCCAUUUGGCUCCUCUCUCCCUCGUGAUGAUGCUUAUCAAAUGUAUCAUCACGUUGCGGAACAGAGGAAGAAGGAGCAACAGGGGACUAGUAGCUAUCAGCUUCUCUGUGAUCGUUUCAUGGGUUCAAACGCUCUCGGAGCUGGAAUGGAUUCUGAAGGUAGCUGGAGGGUCAAGAGCCCGUUUAGGCUCUCUCAGAUGACGCACACUGGAAUGACUUUGAAUCCUAAUGCUCCAUCGCAUUUUUAUGGUGCAGAAAAGGAAAGGGCUUUUACGAACAACACUGAACGUGCUUUUGACCCUGCUGCGUUUAGAUGUGACAACAGUAUUAUCAUACAAGGGAAAGAUGUAAAACACUGCAUUGACAACGGGUUCGGUUCUUUGACGGGCUGUAGAAGGACUAGUCCACGAGCUGAGGUUGCGGGGGAGAAUGUUCCCAAGAACUUCUCUCAUGGUCCUCCUUCUGGGAAUGUUUUUGAGAAUAACGGCACUCUCGGUAGUGAUUUCACACUCCCCAUGCUGCUGAACUUUUAUUCUCUUGACGAUGUGCAAGGUCACAUGUAUAAGAUGGCAAAGGAUCAAAACGGUUGUCGCUUUCUGCAGCGCCUGGUUGAUGAGGGAACCUAUCAGAAUAUGUGUGCGGUGUUUGAGGGAAUCAUCGGUAAUGUGGUGGAACUCAUGAUGGAUUCUUUUGGUAAUUAUCUUGUGCAGAAGUUGCUGGAUGUUUGCAACGAUGAACAAAAGUUGCAGAUUGUGCUCAUGUUGACUAAGGAUCCAGGACAGCUUGUUCGCAUCUCUUUAAAUACACACGGGACGCGUGUGGUACAGAAGCUGAUUGAGACCCUUAACUCCGCUAAGCAAAUUUCAUUGGUGAAGUCUGCUAUUCAGCCAGGUUUUCUUGAUCUUAUUAAGGAUCUGAAUGGAAACCACGUCAUACAACGUUGCUUGCAAUGCCUUAGCUGUCAAGAUAAUCAGUUUAUUUUUGAAGCUGCCGUGAAGUUUUGUGUUGACAUAGCAACUCAUCGACAUGGAUGCUGUGUACUGCAACGUUGCAUUGAUCACUCAGUGGGAAAACAAAGAGAUAAGCUGGUCACAGAAAUCUGCAAACACGGGCUUCUCCUUGCUCAGGAUCCAUUUGGAAACUAUGUUGUUCAAUAUAUUAUAGAGAUGGAGACCCCAAAUGCGUCAAGCAAACUGCUUGGUCAGUUCAAAGGGAAUUAUGUAAACAUGUCUACUCAGAAAUUUAGCAGUCACGUGGUUGAAAAAUGCCUUAAGCACAUUGGAGACAGCAGAUCAAGAAUAGUUCGAGAAUUGCUAUCUGCCCCUCACUUUGAACAGUUGCUGCAAGACCCAUAUGCCAACUAUGUCAUUCAAUCUGCUUUAACUGUUACUAAGGGGUCUCUGCAUGCAUCUUUAGUUGAAGCAGUUCGUCCUCACAAAAUCUUGCGCACCAGUCCAUAUUGCAAGAGGAUUUUCUCUGGGAGCCUACUCAAGAAGUGA